AUGACUGAUUAUGGACACAUGAGGUCAAAAGACAAAGACACCAUACUACUGGUCUGGGUGUGGAUGAAUUUUGAGUCGCCAAUGAACACACGUAAGACAUCUGGACUGGGGAAACUCUUCAACGUGACGUUGAACUACUGUUGGAAUGCUGACAUUAAAGUGCGCAAGAGAUUAGUCUUCAGUAACAGUGAGAUUGAGGAAGACCUACCCAUUCAGAAGAAGGUUACAAACUGCUGGAUUGUAACCAACUGGAACGAGAACCACUAUAGGGUCAAAUAUUACCAACUCCUGAGCAAGUUCAUCACUUUCAACACAUAUGGAGCCCACUUUAAUAACAAGCAAAUUAGUCAUGAGGAAUACACAAGCACAGUGGCCAGCUGUAAGUUCUACUUGUCAUUUCACAAUACGAGAGAACACCCAGACUAUAUGACUGAGAAACUGUUCAAUGCCAUGAAGUUGGGCUCUGUGCCAGUUGCCCUAGGACCGCCCAGGCAGGUUUAUGAGAAGUUCAUCCCAGGGGAUGCCUUUGUCCAUGUGGAUGAUUUCUCCAAACUGGAGAAGUUGGCUCAGUAUCUACAGAGCAUGAGUGAGGAUGAAUACUCUAAGUUGUUCAGGUGGAGGAAGUUCUUCAAAGUUAAUUGA